AUGACAGAGCCUUUGCUCCAGAGGGUGAAUGGCUUCUUUGAGAAGGCUGGCUGCGGUACUGACCGAGCAGGGCUGGCGGAACUUGCGUCGGAAGGGGCCGCUGAAGCUGUGAAAGCUGGAGCUGUUGCCUCCGGCCUUGUCUUUGGUGAGAUCCUGACGCCAGAAGAAGUAUUCCGUCUGCUGGAUCUGGGGAAGGACGAUGUGUUCUAUGACUUGGGAAGUGGCCGAGGGCAGGUGGUGCUGGCAGCGGCUCUCAGCUCAAUGCCAAAAAGAUGCGUGGGUGUUGAGCUCAUGGCGCCACGCCACCAGGUGGCAUUGGCUGCAAGAGCAUGUGCUCCGGAAGAUGUACAGAGGACAUGUGAGUUCCGCUGCGAAGACGCGCUUGAAUGCCAACUUGAGGACGCAAGCAAAGUCUACGUCUGCAAUGCCGCCUUUCCGCGACAUCUCAACGCAGCGUUCUCUGCGUCACUAAGUGCUCGACGAGCUCCCGCCCUUACAGCCUUGGUCACUUGCGCGGCUUUACCCGAGGAGUCUCUGCGCCAGGCAGGGCUGCAGCUGUCGCAGGUCGCGCAGUGUUCAGCGACAUGGGCAACAGAUGGAGCCCCGCUGUUCCUCUACAGACGCUGCUCGGAUGUCGCUGCAGCCAGCAAUCAUGCCGUGCCCAAGAUUCCUCACAACGUGUUGUACGAGGCCUCCAGACAACUGACCGCUGCAUCAGCUGCAAGUCAACAUCCAGGCCUCUCUCCUGAGGAUGAACGAAGUCUGCUGCGGUCGGCAGCGCUUGCAUCGAAACUUGCUGGCUGGUCCUGA